AUGUAUAAAACGAAAGCAUACAAUCGCUUUACGAAGCUGGAGCGAACACAGGUGACCGUACAUCCACCACCGGACGAGCCCGUCCUGACCGAGAAGCCACUGGCCGUUGGCCCCAUCUACCCAGCUGGGGGCAGUGCAGGACGUAGAGCGAAAGGGCCGAGAUGUCCCUUCGAGCUGGAUCGUCUUGUGGCCGGGGGUGUGCCCGGGGAACUGUCCAGGGUGCGGGACUUAUCGCUGAAAUCUUCACCCUCCGUUGCCACCUCAACCUCGAGACAGUCGACGUCCUGCUCGGAUGUGGCGCUCGAGCGGGAGGUGACGAUGUACGGGUGCUUCAAAUUCAAUCCCAGUUCAAGGAAUGCACGGAAAUUGUUCAUGACACACAUGUUGAUUGUGCUGCUCAUACCGAUAGCAUCGGUCGUAAUGCAAAACAUGAUCCUGCUCCAGCAACACGUGAAAUCCUACAGCGAAACCGUACUGGCCGACGAGGAAAUGGGACUAACGAUUAACAUCACGCGCCUGCUGAACGUUAUCCAGCACGAGCGCAUGAGUCUCGUGUUUUACAUGCUGACGGGCAAUAAUCGAUCGCAGGUGGAGCGGUCCGUCGAAAACACCAACGAUGCCCUCGGCCAUCUUCGGGAGGAUCUUAAUUAUCUGCUGCCGGCGGGCAUCGCAAAUCAAACGCUGAUAGCGGAAAUGAGCAAAGCAAGGAAAGUUAUGCUUGGAGUCAACGCUCCCGAGAAUGAAACAUUUACCGGGCUGGACUAUUUCGAACCGUACAAUGCGCUCAAUCGAUACGUGAUUAGUCAGAUCGUGCGGAGUACUGGAUCGUCGAUCAGCUCCACAGUUUGGCGUCAGUUCGUGGUGUACAAAAAUCUGAUCGAAGCUAUCGAAAGCAUCAACAUUGCAGCGAUUCUCGUGCUGCAGUUUAUGCGCAACGGGUAUCUGGGACUGGCCGAUUAUGCACAAUUUGUACGACGCGAUGCUGCCGCGAUGGACUACAUAGCAUCGGCCCAGAACUUUAUGACAUCGCUCAACAUCAUUUCCGGGGCAGAGUUUCAGGUGAUGCAGUAUUGGCGCAAUCAGGUGCUGAUUAACAUGUCGGCUGCGUAUCGUAGGGACGCGCUAAUGGAGUACUACCACUCGGUAACGACCAUUCUGAAGAAUCUGCAGAUGGUGCAGGAUCAGAUACAGACCGAUGUGAAGGCAACGAUUCUUGAAGAAAUUCACAGCGCUAGAAAGCAUCAGUCGAUCUCGAUUGGGCUGGUUGUGGUGAUAUUUAUCAUCAGCCCAAUCUUAGUGCUAAUGAUACGUGUCGCUACCAGCACGAUACAAAACUAUUCCACCAAGCUGAUGGCCCGCACAAUGGAGCUGCGCAUGGAAAAGGGCAAAUCGGAUCGGCUGCUUUAUCAGAUGCUGCCGCCGGCCGUAGUGAAGCAGCUGAAACAACAGCGCCAAGUACCGGCGGAAACGUUCGACGCGGUGACAAUAUUUUUCAGCGAUAUCGUUGGUUUUACCGACAUCUCGGCCAGCAGCAGCGCGAUGGAGGUGGUCAUCAUGCUAAACACACUGUAUCGCUUGUUCGAUUCGAUCAUACUCAAGUACGACGUGUACAAGGUGGAAACGAUAGGUGACGCGUACAUGGUCGUGUCCGGGUUGCCUCAGCGCAAUGGGAAUCGGCACGCGGGAGAAAUAGCUAUGAUGUCGUUGGAUUUGGUUUGUGGCAUUUCAGGAUUUACCAUACCACAUAUGAACAAUAGGACGUUAGAAAUUCGCGUUGGCAUCAACACGGGACCAUGUGUGGCGGGUGUGGUCGGUACCACCAUGCCAAGAUACUGUCUGUUUGGAGAUACUAUAAACACGGCCUCUCGUAUGGAGUCGACUGGCGAGCCAAUGAAAAUUCAUAUCUCGGAAAGCACAAAGGAAGUUCUGGAUAAACUCGGUGGAUUCAAAAUCAAACUUCGUGGAACGGUGGAUGUGAAGGGUAAAGGGACGAUGCAGACGUUCUGGUUGACGGGACACGCACUGUAUGAACAUCUCACGCCGGAAAUGCUUAUACCGAUGUACAAGCAAAACGUAGUCACGGAACCUGAUUUUCUUCAAAUUAUCUAA